AUGGAAGCUGAGGUGCUGGCAGAAGCGGUGGUGAGGACAGUGUCCUUGGCGGAGGGGAGCGGACGUGGAAUUGUCAGCGGUGGCAGAGAUGGAGGCAAAAGGGUGGUGGAGGCGGUGUCGGUGGGGAGACGAAUGGGGCAGCGGAGGCAGAGAUGGAGUCGAAGGCGGGGUCGGUGGCGGUGGCAGAGAAGGUGUCGGUGUCGGGGACGAGGACGGGGUCGGGCUGGUCCCAUCUGCAUGGCCGGUGGCGAGCGGUCAGCCUUGGCGCCCGGGUCCACAUUGCAAAUGCAACGCUCUCCUCUCCCACAGGGAGGUCAGGAACGACCGCUCGCCGCCGCCACCGACGACGGCUGCGUCGUUGAUUUUCUCGGUACCGUUGCCAUCACCACUACAGCAGACAUCAUCAUCGAGACCAUUCAAGAUUCAAGCUUAAGCAACCUCGUGUACUACUGCAUAGACAAAAAUUAA